AUGCGAAUUCUCUACCUCUUUGCGCUCCCCCUGAGCGGGGUGUUCCUCGUCAUUACUAGUUUGGCCACAGGUCUCAAAGAGGUAGAACCCCCUCCGUCUCGUGAUCACGCAGUCAAGUCCGAGACUGCCAAGAACGUGCUAAGGACGGAUGACUCUCCAGAGGAUCGUACCACCAGAAUUGAAGGACCUGAUGUCGACCUGGCUUAUAAGAUCGAGGCAUUCAUGUCCAAGGUUGGUGACUUUCUCAUUGCAGUGUGCAAACCACGCAUGGCCAGACGACUCCAUCGGCAACAAAAUCGCGGUCUUUCAUCUCCUUCCUCUAGCCUCGCACGGAUCGUUGAUGAUCUUAAAACCGUCUCACCGCCCAUGCGUCUAGAUGCUGUCAGUAUUGAAAUGAAAGAGAACGAUAACAAGCUCGCUCUCCAGCAGCUAGACGAAGUGAAGCGGAUGGCAAAGGAGUACUACCGAGUCGCACCACCAACCAGUUUGGGCCAAUUCAGCGAAAGUAUAUCAGAGCCGUUGAAGGCUCUAUAUGAUCGUCCACAUAUUACGACUGAGCUAUCUCGCCUUCGAGACAUGAAUAUGCACGAGGACGCUGAGACUUUUCAUGCUACACUAGAAGAUGUGGGAAUUGUCCAAGCUGCAAAACGUUUCCGCGCGUGGAAGAGCGAUGCACUGAGAAACAAACUUGGGGCACAAUGCGAACAGCUGCUGUUCAACUUGUGGAUUAUGAACGAACGAAAACCUGAGGAUGUCCUCGCGGUACUUCUAGCGGAGUCGUCCGAUGAUCUGAACUUCGCCGUGGACAUUGUCGCUCACUACAUGGUGCACCUUAUUCGCACGAAGGAGCGACUUAUCAACAACCCUGUUCGAUCAAAGGCUGGAUCCUCUACUCAUAAGGCUCACACAAGAAAGUGA